UCCCAGUGACAGCAUUUGUAAAUAUUUGGAAAAUAGAAGAUGGUACCGAAAUGUCGAUUUAAAAAUCCCUGACGGCGCCUUGACCCUUUAGAAAACAGAGUUUCCUUUUCAUAAUGUCGGACUCCGAAGAUGAAUCCCCCGACAAACAAUUGAAAAUUGUCAUUAUGGGUGAUGGAUCUUCCGGAAAGACGUCUAUAGCUACCAGGUAUUCACAGGAACAAUUUGGAAGGCAGUAUAAACAGACUAUUGGACUAGAUUUCUUCUUGAAAAGAAUAAUUUUGCCAGGUAAUGUUCAUGUGGCACUACAGGUUUGGGACAUCGGUGGACAGACAUUGGGCGGAAAGAUGUUAGAAAACUAUGUAUAUGGUUCCAACGGGAUCCUCUUGGUCUAUGAUAUAACGAACUAUGCAAGCUUUGAGAAUGUGGAAGAUUGGUAUAGUUCUGUGAAAAAGGUUUUUGGUAGAGAAACAAAAAUACCGCAUAUGGCUUUAGUAGGUAAUAAAGUUGAUCUUGAACACAUGCGGACAGUGAAAAUGGAUAAGCACCAAAAGUUUGCCCAAGAGAAGGGCAUGUCCAGCCAUUUUGUUUCUGCCAAAACAGGCGACUCGGUGUCCCUUUGUUUUCAACGUGUGGCAGCAGAAAUUCUUGGUAUCAAGCUGACUAAGCCCGAGGUUGAGACACACCAGCGGGUGAUAAAAGCUGAGAUUAUACAUAGCAAUGAGGCAGCUGCCAAACCCGUCCUGACAUCCACGAAGAGUUCUUUCUGUUCUUUACAAUAACUCCAGAUGUUAUUCUAUAAAGUUUUAAAGAUGGACAUUUCCACUUAAGUGCUGAGCAGCAAAACUUGUCAUAGAUAUGCCAUGGAAAAUGAGUUCCUUUGACUAUUGGAUACAAAUAGAAAUGAGGAACUCUCCAGUCAUGAAGAUAGGAAGAGUACGAAAUGAGCAUGUGACACAUUUAAUCAACGAGUUUAUCCCAUGCACAACACACAUACGAAUGCCUGUUGUUCGAAGAUCUGAUAUGGUUUUAGAAUUAUUAGUGUAUGAAAUAUUAAGUUAAUAAUGUGUUCGUUUUGAAGCCUCUCGAAGAAUUAUCGGAAAUUUUGAUAUGGGAAUAAUCAGUGUGAAAUAUUAAUUUAUUCAUUUCAUCGUGAAUUUUUUUUUUUUUUUUAUAUAAUUGGUUUUACCAGUAAUAAACUCAGGUUGUGUUUUUGACAAAUGAACUGAAAUGCUCUGUACCAGACGGUAUAGAUAACCUUGUGACAUCAUUUGCUAUUGAAACGGGCAAUAGAUGAAUAAAAUGUUGGAAAAGCAUGUUCUAAUACUGUAUUCGACCUAAUGAGAUUAGAACAUGUUGGAAAAGCAUGUUCUAAUACUGUAUUCGACCUAAUGAGCGCACUGUAAGUUAAAAAAAAAACAAAAAAUGGGUGUGUCAGAUAAUAAAACAACGAAAGCAGAAAAAAAUUCUGUAUGAAAUUUGGAUUGAUUUUUUUUUUUUUUUUUUUUUACAUAAUUUUAUCUAGUCUUUGGUUAAAAUACUGAAUAUUAUAUUGGCAGAUCAUCAGUUGUGUAAGAAACUUUCUUAUAUAUUCUUAUGGGUGCACACAUCUUCCUUUACGGAAAAAGCUUGGGUGCACACAUCUUCCUUUACGGAAAAAGCUCGGCGUGCACUUAUUGGGAAAGGUACACGUAUAUUAUUGGGUCGAAUACAGUCUAUAUGAUUGGAAGUAUGUAAUUUUGUUGUUGUGAAUAUGGAGUUAUCAUGAAUUGUUAUUGGUUUUUGUUUUGUGACCACUGGCCUUUGAUUUAAGCAACGUCUUUUUUUAAAUGUACUGCAAAUACAGAAUUUUACAGAAUUUUUAAGGCAAAUAUUAAAUACACGUAUAUGAAUUUAAGAUGUCACUGGCCUUAAGGUCACUAAUUCCACAUUACAGUGACACUCAUGUAAGAUCAGGUGCGACAACAAAUGUGACACAAGUGUAAGAUUCUAUUUCUCACAUAACUCAAUUUUAUGAGAAAAUAAGCAAAAACUCUCAAAUUUAAUCUAUAAGACUGCUUGUUAAGUAUAACUCAAAUGUGUACCUUUCCACCACUAACACAAUUAUGGCAUUUUGUCGGACGUCAUCACAACGCACUUAUUUAUGACAUCACAAAAAUGGUCAUUUUAAUGUUUGUGAAUGUUUGGCUAGAUUGCCUCAUUUGUAGAUUUAAAUCAUAAGACAAACCCAUGUAUGCCUUCUCCUGAACAUUUUAUUAUCGAUUCCUUCUCCAGCCAUUUGCAUACUCUGAAAUCAUUUUUUAGGUGAAACAGUUUUCUCAAACAAAUUAAACAAUGAUUUACAUGUACUUGUACUGGUAAUAUUCCAAAUUGUACAAACAAUAUGACUAAUUCAAUUUAAAUGAAUAGGUUUUGAAGAAAAUAUUCCCAUUCAAGUUGAUUCCAACAUUAAUUAGCUGUGAGUUUAAUGGUUUGGUUAAAUGUACAGACUUUGAGGCUUUCUGGUAUAAUUCAAAGUGGACAGUUUUACAUACUAACUACAAACUUCCAGUUGAGCAUGCAAUGAUUGGGGAAACUGUGCACUGCGAUAACUCACGAGUCAGGGGGAAUUCCACUCAAAUCACACCAGAGUACAUAAACGCUACAAAUUGCCUCUUCACAAGAGGACUGUCUUUCAAUGGGGAUGAAUGUCUGUGGAUUAGAAAAGUAACUGUUCCAUUUUAUUGCCGUUACUCCUCACUAUAAUUGGUUCGACCAGGCUAAAAGUACUCUACAUACUCUCCUAGUCAAAAUGACAUUUUCUAAAUAUUUCACAGCUUUUGUAUAAAUACAUUUAUUUACCUUGUCUUGAUUACCUGUACAUUCAGUUCAAAAUGACCUGAGUACAAGGUACAAAUGUAAUGAGAACGUGAGCUCUAUUGAGUGUGAGUAAUGAUAAAUGUUGUGUCCAGUUUCAUCAUGUGGUAGAAAAUGAACUUUGAUACAUGUAUAUUUUCAGGGAUACCCGACCUCCAUUUUAAUAGAAGUUAGAACACUUGAAAAGCAAAGAGAAGUCUAGUGAAUCAAGCAAUUGAUUGAAUAUCAAUGUUUUAUUUUCUGUCAGUUAAAACUCAGAUCUAAUGUUAUCCAAGUCUGGUUUGUUUCUGCAAAGCUGUGCUAAUCAUUACACAGUAAUUAACCCUUUUCUAGUUAAGAAAUUUAUCUUGUUUUAUUACCUUGAUAUAAAAUCAAAAAUUGAUGAUAUAAUUUUUUAGGCGUAUCUGAUUGUUGUGUUAUUGAAUGAGAAGCUGCACAUAUCCAAACCUUUGUUUAAAAUGUGGCUUGUUUUUCUGUUAUUUGUUGUAGAGUACGUGAGUAAGAGUUGUUACUUUUAUGUGCAUGAAUUUGCAUAUUAAUGACAUGAUGUGCAUAAAUUUGCAUAUUAAUUAUGCUAUGUGCAUAAAUUUGCAUGUUUAUGAUGCUAUUUGCAUAUUUAUAAUUUGACCAGUUAAUAUACAGUUUUGUGUAAUUCAUGAAGGAGUCAUAGAAUUUUUAUUUGUAUUGUAACGCAUAUAUUCAUAAUUAUUAUUUUCUUGAAAAAAAAGAAUUUUACACUUGUGGUGAUGUGUCCAUGCACGGUUGCUUUCUAGAUCUGGUUUGUCACUUUUCAAGUUCCUGUAAAUUGAAGGUCAAAGCAUUAUGAGGGUAACGUUUUGUGUUGCCACCCAUUUUUUUCAUUUAAAAAAAAAAAAUUUCAAUCAUCACAAUAUACCUAUGUUCCUGUCAUCAUUUAUGAAUAAAGAAAGAAAUAAGA